UCUCCUACAACAAGAAGAUACUAGAGUGAGUGGGAAAAAGAGUUUGGUUCCCAAGCGGGGGUCCAUACGGUGUCUGCCUGAACCCUUGUUCCUCCUAACAUUUACCCUUCAUUUCGCAAUCGCUGCUUCCCAUCAAAACGAAACGCAUCGAAAUCCAAAUCCCACACCCUCCGUUUCCUCCAAUUCCAUGGAUUCGUUCCAGCAACCACACGGCUACAUGAGGCCGCCGCAACCGCCACCACCACCGCCGCACACGGCGGAUCCCCACCACCAUCCGCACCACUUUCACCAGAUACCGCCACCGCCGCCCCAGGCCCCCUGGUUCUCCUCCCAAUUCCAAUACCACCCUUCCCAGACCCCUUCCCCUCCGCCGCAGUGGCCGCAACCGCCGCCUCAGCCUCCUCCUCCGGCGAACGCUUAUUCUUACCAUCUCAACCAGUUUCCUCCUCCUCCUCCUCCUCCUCCGCGUUCUCACGUGCCACCUCCUCAGUUCACACCUCACUCCCACAUUCCUCAGCCUUAUCCUCAGGAAUGGAGCAACCCUAACUGGCCACCUAACCAGGGCUAUCCAGCCCACAAUAAUGAGGAAGAUUGGGCUGCUAAGGCCAGAGCUUGGGCUGAUGCUAAGGCUGCAAUGGAAAGUCAGCAUCCACAAUCACAUUUUUCACCUGCUGGAAGAUUGCAAGAGCAAAGCCAUUAUCAUGAUCAGUAUCAACAACAUGUUGACUCACAUUAUGCUGAUAUUCAAAACCAAUCCCAUCCAUCAUCAAGCUAUCAACAAUUUUCCUAUUUGGAUGCAUCUGCGCAGCGGCUUUCAGGACAUUCCCAGGAGGCUGCACCUGUCAGUUUGGAGACACCUUAUACUUCAGAUGGACUUUCAUACAGUGCUAGAGAUGGGACCAGCAUUGGAGAUUCGACCAUUUCAUUUGAACAAGGAAACUUGCCAACAAAUCCGUCAGUUCAUCAGCAGGAGGUACCUUCUAGUUAUAGUUCUGUUGCAGGUAAAGAGGCUGCCGAUCAUAUUCAACAAUCAUAUUCAGUCUUUCCUUUGUCAAGUUCCACAUCUCAAGAACGCCAUGUGCAACCAUCAAUGCAUACACCACCUUUUGCAUCCGGCAGCCACUCAGUUGACUCUGCUAUCAGUCUUGCUGAUCAACCAUUAGAUUUUGCACCUAGGUUUAAUCGUGAUAGUGACUUGCCAAUGCCAUCAACUUAUAAUCAUCAUGAUUCCAGUACAUCAAUGAAUAACUGGGCUGCUCCGGUGACACAUGGUGUUGGUUAUCCACCAAUACCUCCAAUUCUUGCCUCUGGGCAACAGCAUGACCCUUCUAUCACCACUCCUGGUCAUGUGGCCCCGCCAUUUGGAAGGUUUCCUGGACCUGGCCUCUCUUCAACCAUUCCACCAAGUGGUGCACCCUUUACCCUUAGCUCAGGAACUACAAUUCAUCCUACCACGACUUUCUCUGCUGAUGCAUAUGGGGUAUCUGGUGUUCCUGAUCGUCCUAAAAAGGCUUCAGUCCCUAACUGGCUUAGAGAGGAAAUAAAGAAAACAGUCAUUACUGCUCCUGCAGAGAAUCAGAAAGAGGAAGCAACAUUUAGAAAUGAUGGCAUUGACAAGUCGUAUGUGCGAGGUGAUGAGGCGGAUAGUAAAAGCAUUGAUUCAUCUAGAUCAGCUGAGGAUGAAGAUGAUGAUGAGGAUCAAGUUGAAGCAGCUAGAACUGUAGCAAUCAACCAAGAAAUAAAAAGAGUUCUGACUGAAGUUCUUUUGAAGGUUACUGAUGAAUUGUUUGAUGAAAUUGCUACCAAAGUUCUUGCUGAAGAUGAUCUUACUGCUGAAGUGGGUCACAAGGUUGCCACCUCAAACCAUAAGGCAUCAGCAUCUCCACUCUCAGCUACAGUGCCUAAGGCAUCUGCAAAGGUUUUAGUUCCAAUCAAAGAGAAGGUAGAAAAUGAUGGUGCCAGUGAAAAAUCUAGUUCCAGCUCUCCUGGAGAUGUUUUAGGUCUUGGAAAUUACGGUUCUGACGCUGAUGAUGGAGACAACGAAAUUGAGAGUUCCAGUGUGCCAAUUUCUGCAAAAGAUGCUGCCUAUCAGUCAGGGAUUAAGAAACCUUUGUCAGAUACACAUGAUGUAUCUGUUAAUGGCAUUUCACAACUUGAUGAGCAUGGUAGAAGGGACACUAAUUUGGUGAAUAAUCAGGUCAAAACCAUCUCUUUACCACCCAGAAGUAGCAAUGAUGCUGGUUCUGAUCAAUUGCAUGAUUAUAAGGUCACCAGAGAAUCCAAUCAUUCACAUUCUUCCAAGGCGUUGUCUGAAGAUCUUAGGGAUAAUGGGCUUAAUGCUUUUGAAAGAAGCCAGGAUAGAGUUAAUGGUUUUAGUUCUAAAGAUACUUCAGGAACACCUAGCUCUGAACUACAUGGUAAGAAUGUUAGUGUGGAAAAGGCAACAGAUGAUCAUCCAAGCAGGGAAAGUAGAAGAAAAUCAGAAAAAGUUGAUCGGCUUGACAGAAGUUCUGAGAAAGACUUUGUAAAGGAGGUACACAGUAGUAAGACAAAGACAGAUGAAAAAGGUAAUGAGAAUCAUAGAAGAAAGGAUGAAAGAAAUCAGAAAAGGGAAAAAACAGAUUAUGGCAGUGAAGCAAAAGAAAGAGUGAAAGAGCACAAUUUAAGGCAUGGGGAGAAGGCAAAAGAAUCAGAGUCUAGGAAAAGGUCCUCUCAUGUUGAUGUCAAGGAUAAUAAAAAGGAAGCAGAAAAAUCCCAUAGAGGCAGUGCCACUGAUGAUACUAGCCGGAAAAGGGAGCAUGCAAAGGAUAAGGGGGAACACAAAUCAAGGCAAAAAGAGGCUAGUAAUCCCGACAGGCACAGAAGAAGACGCUCAUCUUCAGUAAGCAGUAGAGGUAGAACCAACAAGGAUCAUUUUAAUCAUGCUGGUGAUUCCAGUGAAGGCUCAGAUGGCUCAAAAAGGAAGCUGCAUUCAAGAAAGCGUGACUUAUCACCGUCUCCUGUCAGAUCUAAAAGAAGACAACUUUCGCGGUCUCCUCAUAGCAAGCGUUCUCAGCGCAGGCAUUCUCCCUAUUCUUCUCUUGAUUCUUCCAGGUUUGUUGCCAUAAAGUUUUCUAGAUUAAGAUUUAUGUUUUUCAGACACUUCCAACAUCAUAUAAGAUUAAGCUGCACAGGUGAAUUUGUCAGGCUUCAUUUUUACAAGAAACCCACUCAAAAAAACCUUCAACCAAUGGCUUCCGGUAGCAAUUCCUUGCCUCCGCCUCCAGUAUUUGCUGGAGAAAAUUAUGAUUUGUGGGUUGCAAAGAUGAGAACUUAUCUUAGAGCUCAAAGUUUGUGGGAAGUGGUGGAAAAUGGAAGCAACCCAGCUCCUUUACCAGAUAACCCAACAAUGGCUCAGGUAAGAUUUCAUAGUGAUGAAGUGGCUAAAGAAGGCAGAGAACUUGCCAUCAUACAAGCAGCUGUUCAUGAUGAUGUUUUUAUCAAGAUUUUGAAUCUUGAUACAGCAAAAAAGGCUUGGGAAAAACUUCAGGAGGAGUUCCAAGGUAGUGAAAGAACAAGGAGAAUGAAGGUGCUAAAUUUGAGAAGAGAAUUUGAAGCCAUCAAAAUGAAGGAAGCUGAAACAGUGAAGGAGUUUGCUGAUAGGUUUUCUAAAGUGGUUACACAAAUCAGAUUAUUGGGUGAAGAACUCAGUGAUCAACGAGUUGUGGAGAAAAUAUUGGGGUCUCAUGUGGAGCUAUGGUCAGUUUGGCUAUCUGGGUUUGUCUUCAUUGCUCUCUCUCUCUAUGCCACUCACAGAUUACCUUCACUCAAGGAUCACAGCAGAAUUUCCAAACAUGCCACUUUGGAUUACUCAAGUCUUAGUAUCACCACAUUCUCAGCUCCUAAACCCUUUAAGGGCUCUACUGGGAUCAGACAGACACUGGCUGUUAAGUCAUGGUUGGCACUGUCUCCAUAUGUUACUGUUGUUUUGUUUAGUCAAGAUCCUUCUGCUGCAUCUUUCGCAGAUGCUUUCGAUUCCAGGGUUGUGGUUGACACUAACAUUGAUUUCACCUUCCUUGGUACUCCUUUUUUCCAUUCCAUGAUUGCAAAAUCACGUUCAUACACAUCAGAGAUAUCUGUUAUCAUUGAUCCCGAAACUGUUAUCCUUUCUGGAUUCAUCUCUACCCUAAACCAUGUGUAUGGACUUGACCAUGAUUGGCUUCUUGUUGCUUCGGUUCAGAAUGUUUCUUACUUCCCAUUCCACUUGGAUGAGUCUGGGAAACAUUGGCAGACAGAUAAUGGGAAACAUGUGAAGAUCCAGGAGCUGCAGAAAAUACUUCAACAGAAUUGGCAGGGGAGUCAUUGUUAUACAAAAAUGCUCAUGGUGUGGAACAACAAGGAUUUGCCUCUACAUAAUGGAGUUCUUCCUCCUUUCUUGUAUGGUAAGGGGAUUCACAACAAUUGGGUGAUUCAUGAGGCCAUGUCAUCGGAGUUCAGAUUAUUGUUUGAUGCUAGUUUGACCAUAACAAGUUUCUAUCUGAAUGGUGAGGAUGAUCUUAGUCCUACACAUGGUAAUUCUAGUGAUGUAGAUAUUGAAAAUAGAAAUUGGGAGUACAUUGGCAAUUCCCACAUAGCGGCAAACUAUGGCUCAUUUUUCUACAGUGAAGCUAACUACUCUAGCAUGGUCAAACUUUUAAAGUGUAAUAAACAAUACAUUAUGGUUGACACCAAGAAAAACAUUGUUUAUCCAAUUGGACGCCAAGUUGCAAUGAAUCUGAUGAAGGAAAAGAUUUUUCCAUCUUGGUUAAGGGAAAACACAAUGUAUUGCAUAUCUCGUAUGAAAUCACAGGCCAAAUCAUUGGAUUGCUCUGUGAAGGAUCAGAAGAAAAUUCCAGCAACCUUGGAGCUUCCAUUCUCUCUAGAAUCACUCCUGUCUAUCAGAGCAGACAAAAAUAAAUCAGUUACACUUACUGUUGCUGGUUAUAGCUACAAGGAUAUGCUCAUGAGUUGGGUUUGCAGAUUACGAGAACUGUCCAUUGAAAAUUUUAUUGUGUGUGCCCUUGACCAGGAAACUUAUCAAUUCUCCAUCAUGCAGGGAAUUCCCGUUUUCACAGAUCCAAUAGCUCCAAGUAACAUCAGUUUUGAUGACUGCCACUUUGGAACAAAGUGCUUCCAAAAGGUGACAAAGGUGAAGUCAAGAAUUGUUCUGAAGAUUCUCCAGCUAGGUUACAAUGUACUUCUUAGUGAUGUUGAUGUGUACUGGUUUAAAAACCCAGGUCCCUUGCUUCACUCUUUUGGCCCUGCUGUUCUUGUUGCACAGUCCGAUGAAUACCAAAAACAAGGACCAAUAAACCUACCGAGGCGCCUGAACUCCGGCUUCUAUUAUGCUCAUUCCGACACUCAAACAAUUGCAGCCAUAGAGAAAGUGGUAAAACACGCAGAAACUUCAGGAUUAUCCGAGCAGCCAAGCUUCUACGACACAUUAUGUGGGCAAGGAGGAUCCAACCGUGUUGGAGACAACAAAUGUGUGGAACCUGAAACUAACCUAACAGUACAUUUCUUAGACAGAGACCUUUUCCCAAACGGUGCUUACCAAGACCUGUGGCGGGAAAAGAACGUAAAAAAUGCAUGUUUGAAGAAGGGUUGUUACAUUAUCCACAACAACUGGAUCAAUGGGAGGCUAAAAAAACUGGAGCGCCAAGUCUUGUCUGGUUUAUGGGAGUAUGAUCCUGGCACAAGAAUGUGUCUAGUGCAUGAUAACUCUGAGGUGCAGGCUAUGCUGAAGCGUGUGGCUCACUCGUUUGGCCUGGUAGAGCACAAAGAGAAAGGUUCCAGGAGGAAGAACCAUUGUGAGGCUGCGGCGGCGCCGGAGUUGUACUUGCCGUCGAAGGACUUUGUUGUGAGGAUAAUUCAUGCAGGUGGAUAUCAGGAACUGUAUAGACAUGCAGUUCCUGCGUCCAAGUUGAUGGCAAAGUAUCCAGGGAUGUGUGUUGCACGGCCAGAAGUGUUCAGAGUUCCUCAUGAAUCAGUCUUGUGGCAUGAAGAGGUUCUGUUGCCGGGUCACAAGUAUAUCCUCAUCUCGUUUAGAGAUGUGGAGAAGCUGAAACGUAAGAUUUUUGAGGAAGGGAAGGUUAAUGGGGAGGUGCAGGACAAAGUGAAAGUGCCAAAUGGUGUUGCAGGCCAUGAGGCAUUGGACGAAGAAAUCCAUAGUGGACAUAGUUACAAAGCGAAUGGGAAAGUUCAAGAGCCAAAUGGAGUUGCAGAGCAAAGGGUGGUGGAAACAAGCAAAACUGUGUCUCCCAAAGGCCAAUGGAACAACAGUGUUGAAGAGAUAGUGGACUCUAGUUUGGAUAGUUCUCUGAGUGAAGGAGGUGUAGAGAACUCUUUUUUCUCUGCAAAGGAUUUUUAUGUGCCUAGGGAGAAGUCCAAAACCACUUUUUAUGUCCCUAAGGAGAAGUCCACAAUCACAACCACAACCACAACCACUUUUUAUGUCCCUAAGGAGAAGUCCACAACCACAACCACAACUACAACCACAAAACCUUCAAGACGAAAAGGAAUAAAAGGGAAGAAGCCUUUUGCGCCACCUCUUCCAAAGCAAAGACCAUACCGGAGUUUGGGAUGGCAACCGAGCCUCUCACCUGUGAAGGAACUCUCUCCAUGAUUUUGUAAUGGAUUUCCUUUCUGUAACUAUUAUUCUAGGGUGGUACUCGCGUGCCAUUGAAUUGCGGAUUUCUCUUCAUCGAUCUAAUAGAUAGCUGUUACAUCGUAUUAAUAAAAUCUAAACAUUAUUCCCACGUUUA